CCAGCCCUCCACAAGUUCUCUCCGUGAACGAGCUACGGGAGAUAACUGAUGAUAUUUCCAAACUGACCAUUGUGCACGAAAUUGUACUCAACAGUGACUUCAAGCUGCAAGCGGCCAGCUCCUCCCCAGCCAGGGGUGUGUGUGUGUAUACACACGUCCUGGAAAACAGAGUGAAGGAGACCUUGCACAAAGCUUUCUGGGACAGCCUGGAGGAGCAGCUCUCUGCUAGUCCCCCAGACUACGCUUGGGCAAUCCACCUGCUGCAGGAGAUAAAAGAGGCCCUGCUAUCGUUGCUGCUGCCACAGCACAACCAACUGCGAAGCGAGAUUGAAGAGGCCUUGAACAUGGAGUUGAUUAGACAGGAGGCUGAGCAUGGGGCCCUGGAUAUCCACGGUCUCACCACAUAUGUCCUUGGCAUGAUGGCAAGGCUGUGUGCGCCCAUUAGAGAUGAGGAAGUACGGGGGCUGCAAAGCCUCGCAGACCCAGCUCAACUUCUCAGGUGGAUUUUCUGGGUGUUGAACCUGAUGAAAAUGGAUAUGCUGAAUUUUACCAUCCAAAGCCUCCGCACCCACUUGCAAGGCCACACCGUCCAGUAUGAACGGAAGAAAUUCCAGGAACUCUUCGAUAAGCUGCCUAACAGCCUGGAUCGCACCAGAGGAUGGCUGUGCAAAGCGGCAGCAGAAGUGUCUGCAUCCGCACGCUCGCUGGGGUCAACCAGCAGUAGCACAGCUGUGCCAAGUCUCACGUCCGUGCUAAAUCAAGGAUACAUGAACCUGCUCUGCUGGGACCCUGGGCAGGAAUAUCCUGAGACGCUCUUGAUGGAUCAGGCCCGACUGCAGGAAGUACAAGCGCAGGUGAAUCAGCUUACCAUCGUAGCUGCAGUCCUGCUAGUGAGGGCUGGCACGUGUGGCAGCACCUUAUGUGGCUCACCUGGGUUUGUAGCUAGGCUGAAACGGGUAACAAAGGUGCUCUUGGAAGGUCUGUCUUGUACCAGGUAUGAAGAAGCUUUAGAAGACAUCAGCAAACAAGUGCUCCAGGAAGUCAGCAGGACGCUCUCGCAGCUGGGUUACCCUGCUUUCACCACUGACAAAUGUGCUUUCCUGAAAGGCCAGAUAAAAAGCAUCGUGGACAAGGGCAACGCAGUCCGACAUGUCAUCGAGCAGCGGAUUCAUUCCUUCCUCAGCCUUUUCAUUUCCCCUGAUGGACAGAAUUCUCAAAAAGAUUUCAUUCAGGAGGAGCUGCUGGAAGUUGGGCGCAGGUUUGGAAGCGUGAUCCACCACAACAGGCAGGUGUAUGGACCUUACUACUUGGGAAUUCUCAAGAAGAUGCUUCUCCCCGACGCAGAACCAGACUCAGAGGCAGGGAUGGAUUCUUUCUGA